CCUCGAAAAAAAACGAUGCCUUUUCUGUUCAAUGAUCACAUGUCAAAAGCAAAGAUUAAUUAAUACACAGUAAGACGAGCUUUUUUUGUGACAGCGUUUUUUUUCCAAAACAAAUGAACGGAUUGCACGAUUCGUGGGUGGUUUGUUUACAUUUAGCUGCUAACGUUCGCUUUAGCUCAGGAUCAGUCGUCAUUAUUUCCGUGAUGGUAAAAACUAAUUACAGAAGUAGAUUUUGAUCUAAUUAAUGCGUGAGGCCCUUACUGAUGUUUCAAUUAGCCGCUGGGGUUAGCGACAUUUACCGCGUUAGUAAAGUUUAUUGUAUUUAACCAGUUUCCGAUGGUACAGUAUUAUGAACGUGUUUUAAUAUUUAAAUAAACGUACGCCGAUGCAGUACAUGUCAAAUUAAAAAAUGUCACAUACUAUACAACUAUCAUCAUCAUUAUUCAUACCUACCUGACAUCAGAAAUUUGGAUUAUAUUUCACGACUCACAAAGUGGUAGGUCGGUACCUUUCUGUGUUCCAGUUGACAUAAUCUUUGCGUGUCUUGCCAGUAGGUUCUAUGCUGAAGUUGAGGACCACAGAAGAGGAAAGUAGUCGUGAGAUCUCCCAGCUCCGCCAAGCAGCGUUGCAAAACAAUGAACGACUCCUGGAUGAGAUGCUGUGCCAGGAAAUCUACAAGAAGGUCAUCAACUAUCGAGGGGGCUGGGGCAUCGCAAGCACGCCUCUACACGCCGCGGUGUCCAAGGGCCAUCUCAGCUGCCUGCAGGUCCUGCUGACCCACGGCGCCUUGGUGGACUGCGUGGACGUCAAAGCCCAGACGCCGCUUUUCACCGCAGUGCGUGGAAAGUACCUAGACUGCGUUUUAGCGCUUCUUCGGUCCGGCGCCGACCCCAACGGAAGUGUCUACAACAUUUGCUCCCCCGUCCUGACCGCAGCUCGUGAGGGGGACGUCGAGAUACUGCAGGAACUGCUCAAACACGGUGCCGAGGCCAACUCGCGCUCCAGAGUCCUGCUGUGGACCUCGAGCGCCAGGGUGUCAAGUGGCCCGCUCUACCUGGCGGCCGUGUACGGACACAUUGAGUGCUUCAAACUUCUGCUCCUCUAUGGUGCCGAUCCGGAUUACAACUGCGUCUAUGCCAGACUGCUGAGCACCAUCAAGCAGCCCAAAACAGUCCUGGAGAUGUGUCUGAGGCACGGUUGCGGUGUUGAGUACAUCCAGCUCCUCAUCGACUUUGGCGCCAAUGUCUACCUUCCCACGCUCAUCAUCGAAAAGUCCACCAAGCAGAACGAGGCCGUGGAGCUGCUUCUGCAGGAAAGAGGAAAUCCCAAGGCCUUGACUUCACUGUGCCGACUGGCGGUGCGGAGAUACCUCAAAAAGAUUAACAAGAUGCACUGUAUAGAGCAGUUGGACAUGCCAACAAGUCUCAUUAACUUCUUGCAGUACAAGCCGCUCCCAGUUAUGAUUCUCUAGCUACAUGUUAAAUCAUGUGGGGGGGGUGAAUUGUUAAGUGUCUUGUUUUUUUGACCUCGUUCUACUCAUGCUUUGUGAUCACAAGUCUAACACAUUCAAACAAAUCUACGUGUGUCUUUGUAGUUAUUUAUUCGGUUAGGCAUCUCAGGUAUGAGGUAUUUAGAGCCACAAUGAAAAGAAAUUUACAUUACGAAAAUUACCGGUAAGUCAGACUCACAGGAUUUACAAGAAUAAAUACUAUGUUUAAAAAGCUGUCUUAUUUUACUGAUGAAAGGUUGUGUUGUCAAAAUUUGAGUUAUUUCUACAAUAAAGACAUUACUGGCUCUGCUCA